UCGCAAUUACAAUCGUACUUUACAUCAAAUACAAGGCAAAGAAAUCAAGCGAAAUGUGAGAUAUGAAUGUUCCUAGACGGGGAAGGCUUGAAAGAUUCCUUGACAUCAUCCUGACUGGUGAGUCUCUGUCCCAAGUAGAGGGAGGGAUCGCGGUGUAUGAAUCGAGUCACGAUGAUCUCUGCCUCCACAGAGCAGCCCGGCCUCCUGCCUCCCACCUUGCUAGUGAAUGGCCAGGAGUCCACGUUGAUAGGUUUCAUCACGCAGCCGCAGCCGCACCAUGGACGUCGGUGAGAGCAGAAGCUGUCGCAAGACUCCGCGCCUGGGGAGAAGGACUGUCGGGCCCUGCUGCCCGUUGGCUCCUGACUGCCAAUCACGUCGCCGACUUCUUCGUGGGCAAUUGGCUGGCAGGAGAGUUUGCAAGUAGAGGACGAGGAGCUUGCAUCCUCGAGCGAGGCCUGGGAGUCACGCUUGAGGUCCAUAGGGCAGGAGGAAUCUGUCCAGAGGGGGAGAGCAAUCAUCGAAUUCGUCGUUCAGCUCUGUGCUGAUCAUUGUCUUGUUCAAACAUCGAGGAAUCCAGGAAGGCGAAAAAGUUGACGUCUUCUUCUGCUUGUCAGUUGCCUUCCAAUCCCUCGCUGCCGGCGAGUUUCAAAGGUCUGGCAUCGGCACCCUCCUCUUUGCUCUCCUGCGCCCCAGAUU